GAUAAGGGGACACAUAUAGGCAGCACAGCCCGACCAGAGACUCAGUAGCUUCUGGUUUGUGCGGAGAUGGCCCUGGGACUGCAGCUUCGAUGGCAGGUGCUGGCUAGACUCCUGCUCUGUCUGUGCGUCCGGUGAUGGACUGAGGCUGGGAAGGUGCUGGUGGUCCCCACGGAGGGAAGCCACUGGCUCAGCAUGCGGGAGACCAUGCGGGAGCUCACACCAGAGGUCACCAAGUAGUGGUCGUCUCUCUGGAGGUCAAUGUGCAUAUCAAGGCAGAAGACUUUAUCAUCAUGAAAAGCUAUGCCAUUCCCUACACACAGCAUACAUUUGAUUCCCUCAUGAAGAGUUGUGUACCAGUGCUUUUUGAAAAAGUACAUUUUUUUUUUUAAAUUUUUUUAUUAGUUGGAGGCUGUUUACUUCACAACAUUUCAGUGGGUUUUGUCAUCAUUGAUAUGAAUCAGCCAUGGAUUUACACGUCUUCAAAAAAGUACAUUUUGUAACGAUGUUUUUGCAAACUAUGGCAUCUUUGAAAAAGGCGUCUUUGUUCUUUGAAAGGUCUUGUGAGGGGCUGCUGUGUAACAAGGACUGGAUCAGAGACCUGAAUGCCAGUUCCUUCGAUGUGGUUUUAACGGACCCUGUUCACCCCUGUGGGGCAGUGCUGGCUAAGUACCUGUCCAUUCCUGCUGUGUUUUUUUUGCAUUCUGUUCCCUGUGACUUGGAUGUUGAGGGCACAGCAUGCCCAAACCCUUUCUCUUAUGUUCCUCGGUUAUUAACAACAAAUCCAGACAGCAUGACAUUCUUCCAAAGGGUCAAGAACAUGCUCUACCCUCUGAGCCUGAAGUACAUUUGCCAGGUUGCUUUCACUCCUUAUGAACAUAUGGCCUCUGAGCUUCUUCAGAGAGAGGUGUCACUGGGGGAGAUUCUUGCCUCUGGAUCCGUGUGGCUGUUCAGAGGAGACUUUGUGAUGGAGUACCCAUGGCCAAUCAUGCUCAACAUGGUGUUCAUUGGUGGUAUCAACUGUGCCAACAGGAAGCCGUUAUCUCAGGUCUGUACUGCUCCUUUUGUUCAAUCAGUGUUCCCAGUGGAAUACAUUCUUUUAAUUAAAAAAAAUUUUUAAAUGUUUUCACCCACUGCAAU